AAAGUUUUAUUAGAACAUAGCUACACUCAUUCAUUUACAUAUUGUCUGCGGCUUCUUUGUUACCAUGUUGGCAGAGCUGAGUACUAGCAACAGAGACCAUAUGCUCCACAAAGCCCAAAAUAUUUACUAUCUGCCCUUCACACAGAAAAAGUUUACCUGCCCCUGGCUUCCAACGUGUUCAAUUUUUAAUGUUUUAGGUGUUCUUGAAAAAAAUCUGUACUCUCCAGAUAACAUAUGCAGGGUUUUAUAUAUGUUUAUUAGAUUAAUCUUACUGACUGUAUUACACAAAUUUAUAUACUUACAACAUUUUGUCUGCUUAAUCUACCAAAUACUGAGAAAUGUAAACUAAAUUUCCUACUUUGGCAGUGGAUCUGUUAAGUUUGUAUUUUUUGUUUGUUUGUUUUGGGGCUUUUUUUAUAGUUCUGUCAAUUUUACUUUAUAAAUUUAUAGUUUAGGUAACUAGAAGCAAAUAAGUUUAGAAUUGUUAUCUCUUCUCACUGAGUUAAGCUUUUAUCAGCAUGUAAUGAUGAUCUCUUUUUUUAACGAAUAGUGUCUACGUUAAGGUAUAUUUUGCCUGAUAUGAAUAUACCAGCUAUCUUGUUAACAUUUUCCUGGUGUAACUUUUCAUCCUUUUUUCAACCUUUAUGGCUGUUUAAGUUCUAGAUACAUAUUUUCAAACAGUAUAUAGCAGAUUUUUUAUUCAAUCUGGCAAUCUUUGACUUUUAACUAAAGAGUAUAGUCCAUUUUCAUUUAUCGUAAUUAGCAAUUGCUGUUCUAUUCUGAUUCAUUCCCACUAAUAUAUUUUAUAUUUUCUGUUUUGUGGCCUAUUCUGGUUUUUGCUAUUCAUUGUUUUGGAUUGACUAAUUUAAUUCCAAUUGUUUUUUUCUCUAAUAGUUUGAGUUACUCUAUUUCUGUUAUAAUGAUCACUCUAGAAAUUUUAAUAUUUUAAUCUCUCUUUUAUGUUUUAUAUUGUUGUCUGUGUUAUAUUUCUUGUCCACUAUUUUUCUCUUCAAAUGUUUUAAACUUGUUAUUUAUCCCCACUAUUGAAUUUCUAUCUUAGUCCAUUUAUGCUUCUAUGACAGAGUACCUGAGACUGGAUAAUUUAUAAAGAAAAUACAAUUAAUUUUUCACAAUUCUGGGAGCUGGAAAGCCCAAGAUCAAGGUGGCAGCCAGAUUGGUAUCUGGUGAGGACUGCUCUCUGCUUCUGAGAUGGCACCUUGCUUCUAUACCUUCUGGUGGGAAGGCAUACUGUGUCCUCACAUGGCAGAAGGGACAGAAGGGCAAGAGAGGACUCUUUUCAACCUUAAGCCAUUUUGUAAGGAUGCUAAAUCCAUUCAGGGGACAAGGUCCUCAUGACUUAAUCAUCUACCAAAAGGCUUUCCCUCUCAAAACCAUCAUAGUGCGAUUAAGUUGCAACAUGAAUUUUGAAGGGGACACAUCCAAACACAGCAAUUUCUAAUUUCAAUGAUAGGUUUAAUAUCUUUACAUUCUACUUAUUUCUUUGCAAAUUUGCCUGAUUAUUUUAGUACUUUUUUGUUCCUUCAUUACACUUUCAAUAUCCACUUUAUUUACUUAAAAAUAUUAAGCAUACUUUUGUUUUGGAUCUGAUCAUUCUUAUACCUACAGCCUUUGCAGGUCUCUGUCUCUAACAUUUGUGGUUUGUUAUUUCUGCUGUCUCUUUCAUGAUGGCUUGAUUACUUUUUGUGUUUUUGUGAUUUGUCUUGUUGUUAGCUUAUAUUUAUUGGAAAUGUGUCUGUGGAAGUCUUUGACACCUGGUCGAAGAGGCAUUCUUCUACAGAUAACUUGCAUUUUCUUCUCCCAGCGUCCAACUUAAACAACCAAUUUAAACUUGGAAUUUUGAGGUCCACAGACAGUACAAAGUCUGGCCUAAAACCUCCUAAAGUUAGGUUUGUGGUUAGGAAUGUCCAAGGAAAGCGUAUUUUGUUUUGUUUUUCUUUUUGUCCCCUUCUAUCCAGAGCCAAGCUUGAGAUAAGCAAGUAUGACAGGCAGAAUUCUACAAUGCCCCAUGAUCUCUGCUCCCUUGUGUUACUGCAAGUAUAAUCCUCCCUCCCCUGAAUGUGGGUGGAAUCUAUGACUUGCAUCUAAUCAACAGAAUAUGGCAAAGGUGACAGGCUGUCACUUCCAUCAUGACAUUACGUUAUAUACAACUUUGUCUUAACAGGCUGGAGAGACUCUUCCGUGGCAUUCAAACUGCCAUGUUGUGAACUGCCUGUGGAGAGAACCACAAAGCAGGGAACUGUAGACAGCCUCUAGGACCUGCAAACAGACUCCAGCUGACAACCAGUAAGAAGCCAGGGCCCUCAGUCAUAAGCCGUAACGGAAGCAAGUGAAAUGCUCAGUCUUAGACGACUGCGUCGUGCUAUGACCGGACUUUUUCUUGAAAGGGGAUGACAGCAUGGGAGGAAAUGGCUCCACAUGUAAACCCGACACUGAAAGACAAGGCACUCUCUCCACAGCAGCCCCAACAACUAGCCCUGCACCCUGUCUCUCUAACCACCACAAUAAAAAACAUUUAAUCCUUGCCUUUUGUGCUGGGGUUCUACUGACACUGCUGCUGAUAGCCUUUAUCUUCCUCAUCAUAAAGAGCUACAGAAAAUAUCGAAGGGAGAGGCUUCCCAUUUCCCCAGGCCCAUUGCUGAGAUGGGUCCCUCUUCUUUCUGGCACCAUGGCAGAUCACUCCAAGCCCCAGGCCCCAGAUCCUCACUCAGAUCCUCCAGCCAAGCUUUCAUCCAUCCCAGGGGAAUCACUUACCUAUGCCAGCACAACUUUCAAACUCUCAGAAGAAAAGAGCAAUCACUUGGCUGAGAACCAUUCUGCAGACUUUGACCCCAUUGUCUAUGCUCAAAUUAAAGUAACAAACUAACUCAGCUUUUCCAAUGAGGCUUGAAUCCAUUUCCUCUCAUCUCAGCCCUAUCUUCACACAUCACUUUCACUUUUUUACAAAUUUUGGACCACCACCUGUGUGAAACUGCAGUCGGAGUUGUUUAGAUGUGAUCUGGCAAUGCUAUCCAGCAUCUUUGGAGACCAAUGGUCAGUCUUUUCCUGGCCAGAGGAAAGACUGAUGGCCCUCCCACUUGAACUGACAGCCUGUGAGCCCCUUGGGAGCAUAGACUGCCUUCCUUGGACCCUUCCAAAGUGUGUGGUACGGAGCUCAGUGCACAGAGUAUUCACCCAGCAUCAUGAAUCAACUUGGGAGGAGUCAACCAAAUGAACAAUCUACCAAAAAUUUCAAAUAAAGUCAAACCCCCCACA